AUGGAAGUCAAGUUAUCAGAAGUCGAAUGGUGUCAAGCUAGAUAUGAUCAGUUGAAUCUUAUUGAAGAGAAAAGAAUGACUGCAUUAUGCCACAGUCAGCUUUACCAUGAAAGAAUGAAGAGAGCCUUUGACAAGAAAGUCAGACCUCGAAGAUUCAAGGAAGGCGAUCUCGUGCUCAAGAAGAUAUUACCUCUUCAACCAGAUCCCAGGGGCAAAUUGACUCCCAAUUAUGAAGGCCCAUAUGUUGUUAAGAGAGCCUUCUCAGGCGGUGCUUUGACUCUUACAACUAUGGAUGCGUGUUUGUCUAUUGAUGUGGAGGGAAGGAGUAGUGGCCUAGCAGUUCUUUGGAGGCAUUCUGGUUCUUGCAGUGUGAGUAAUUACACUAGAAAUUUCAUUAAUCUUGUCAUUAAGGAUGAGAAUCGUGGUGAUUGGCGAUUGUCGUGUUACUAUGGCUUUCCCGAGAGAAGCAGGAGAAAGUUGGCUUGGGAUAUGAUUCGGGAUAUUCGUAAUAUGUCGCACUUACCGUGGUGCAUUAUCGGUGAUUUUAAUGACCUUUUGUCGCAAGAAGAUAAGCGUGGGACUCACACUCAUCCUAAUUGGCUCUGUACGGGUUUUCGGCAAGCUGUGACUGAUUGUGAUUUGAUAGAUAUUGCACUUGAAGGAUACCAAUAUACGUGGGUUAGAAGCCGAGGCUCAGCGCAUAUGGUUGAGGAAAGGCUAGAUCGCGCUAUGGCAACGACAGAGUGGUUGGAUUUAUUCCUGCAGGUUUCUCUAAAAAAUCUCAUGGCGGCCCAUUCUGAUCACAAUCCUAUUCUAUUAUCCUGUGAUAUUCUGCAGAGUUACGCCUAUAGGAGGAAGUUUCGCUUCGAGAAUAGCUGGCUGCAAGAACAGGAUAUUGAUGACGUUGUACAUGAGGGGUGGCUGAACGGAGGGAACAUUAAUGUCGAGGGGAGGUUAGUUAAUUGUGCUAAUAGUCUGGAAGUUUGGAGUAGAAAUAGGAGAAGGAGUUUGAGGAGUGACCUUGAUCGUUGCCGAGCUACGAUGGAGUUGUACAGAGGGGAGAAUGAUGAGUUUGCGGGAGAAAGAUUCAUUGAGGCCCAGGCUGAGUAUAAUAAAGCUCUCCUUAAGGAGGAUUUGUAUUGGCGGCAGCGCGCUAAAAUGCAUUGGCUGAGAAAUGGCGACAUGAACACCAAGUUCUUUCAUCAAUCUGCUACUGCAAGAAAGAAUUUUAAAAGGACUCAGAUGUUACAUAAUAUAGAUGGCAGUGAAAUAAAAGAGCAGGCCUCCCUCUGCGACAUUGCCAAGUUUUAUUUUGAAGAGCUAUUUCGCGCUGGUUUCGGAGAUUAUGAUCCGGUUCUUAGCUUAAUCCAACAAAAGAUUACCGAAGCCGACAACACUCAGUUUCUUCAACCUUUAUCUAUGAUGGAAGUUAAGAAUGCCCUCUUUGAUAUGCACCCUGAUAAAUCACCGGGUCCGGACGGUUUCAAUCCCGAUUUCUUUCAAGAAUACUGGGAAGUUUGUGGGGAAGAUAUUUACCAAGCAGCGUUGGUUUGGCUUGAGCGAGGUUUUUUUCCAUCUUCGCUUAAUGAUACUAAUAUUUGCUUAAUUCCUAAGAUUACUAAUCUGAGUACUAUGAAGGAAUUUAGGCCCAUCUCCCUUUGUAAUGUGAUUUAUAAGAUUGUUUCGAAAGCCUUGGCUAACAGACUCCAAAAAGUGUUGGAUAAGUGUGUGUCUGAAGAACAAUCGGCUUUUGUGGAAGGUAGAUCUAUCUUACAUAAUGCGAUGAUUGCUUCCGAAAUCAUCCAUCACCUGAAGAGAAAGACGAGUGGUAGGAAUGCGUCGUUGGCUCUCAAGAUUGAUAUUAGUAAGGCUUAUGAUAAGGUGGACUGGGGUUUCUUGAAGGGGAUGUUGAUGAGAUUGGGUUUUGCGGAUAAAUGGAUCCACUGGAUCAUGAUGUGCGUUACUUCCGUGAACUAUUCUGUGCUUGUUAACACUGAUAGUGUUGGACCUAUAGAACCAGGAAGAGGCUUGAGACAAGGGGACCCACUGGCCAAUCUAUCUGAAGUUCAUCAUAUCAUGAAUAUUCUUGAUUUAUAUGCUAAAGCGGCUGGUCAGGAGAUUAAUCUGACAAAGUCGGAAGUGUUCUUUAGUCGUAACUUGAGCAUUCCUGCGCAAGAGGAUCUUGCUAAGGUUAUGGGUGUUCGUCACGUGUUAGGUACCGGUAACUAUCUGGGGCUGCCUUCUUUGAUAGGUAGGAGCAAAAAGGCAACGUUCUCCUUCAUUAAGGAUCGCAUCUGGAAACGUAUUAAUUCAUGGAGAGGUAGGUCUUUGUCCAGAGCUGGUAAAGAGACUAUGAUAAAGUCAGUUCUCCAGGCAAUUCCAGCCUAUAUUAUGAGUAUCUUUCUUAUUCCAGAUGGUGUGAUCAACGAUAUUGAGAGAAUGAUUAAUUCCUUCUGGUGGGGAGGUGGUUCGAAUGGUAAGGGGAUCAGGUGGAUGGCGUGGGACAAGUUGACAUGUCCUAAGGCAGAAGGUGGUUUGGGGUUCCGGGACUUUAAAGCUUUUAAUAUGGCUAUGGUUGCCAAACAGGGCUGGUUUCUCAUGUCUAACCCUGCAGCUCUUGUGUCCAAAAUUUUCAAAGCAAGGUACUUCCCGAGAUCAUCUUUUUUUGAUGCUAACCUUGGUUUCAAUCCCAGCUUUGUUUGGAGAAGUGUUUGGAAGGCUCGAGAGGUCCUAUCUUUAGGUUGCAGGUGGAGUAUUGGUGAUGGUAACAACAUAAAAGUCAUGAAUGAACCGUGGCUCCGUGGUGCUCGAGAGGGUUGUUUGAAUGGACCUCAAAGGCAUGCUGCCUAUACUUUUUCGGUUAGAGACUUAUUGUUGCCUAAUGUUAAACAGUGGAACAUGAGAGUGCUUCGGGAGGUUUUUGAUCCUCUUGUAAUUAAAGAUAUUUUGCAAGUCCCUCUAUUGGAAGAUGUUACGAUGGAUCGAUUGGUUUGGAAGGAAGAACAUCACGGGGUUUAUAGUGUCAGAUCGGGGUAUCGUAUCGGGAUGAAGGCGAGGAAUAGUAAUAACAGGGGGACCGAUUCUGGUAUUUGGAACAACUUAUGGGGGAUUGUGGCUCCGGCUAGAGUUAAACAUCUUCUUUGGAGAAUUUGUAGGGAUUUUCUUCCGACGAGAGUGCGUCUCCGGUUGCAUCGUGUUCCUUGUGUUCCUAAUUGUCCAACUUGUGAUAGUGCUUACGAAGAUGAUUGGCAUGUUCUUUUUGGGUGCCAUGAUGUGAUUUCCUCUUGGCGGGCAGCAGGUUUGUUUAAUGUCAUAUCCCCCCGUCUUCACUCUUUUCAGGAUGCUAAAUCUAUUAUCUUUGAUGUUUGCUGUAAGGAAGAUAGAAAUACUGCAGGUAGAGUUGCGGUUAUGAUAGAAGGAUUGUGGAAGAACAGGAAUGAUUGGUUAUGGAACAAGGAGAAAGAAGAUGCUUCUAAGCUUGGUUGGCUCGCCUAUCACAAAUGGCAAGAUUGGUUCUCAGCCCAACAAACUUUAGGGACAACGAAUCGUGGUUGGUGUCUCCGUGAUGAUCAUGGGGAAUUUGUAGUUGCCGGCACGGCUUGGGAUGGUGGAACUUUUUUUGUCCUUGAAGCGGAGGCCUUGGCCCUCAAGGAAGCUAUUCGAGAGGUGCUUGUUCAUGGUCUUAAGUCUAAUUCUUGUGGUAAUUCUGAGUUUAAUGUUAUUAUUAACUCUAUUAAGUUGUUACUGUUAGCUUUUCCCAACUUUGAGGUUAAGUUUGUUAAGCGUCAAGCGAAUUUGGUUGCCCACUCCUUAGCUAAGGCGGCCAAUUCCUGGACUCGACGCAUGUUGUUUGAUGUAAUUCCUCUUUGUAUCUCCUCUUAUUUGAUUAAUGAAAGUUAA